AUGCAACCGUUCAAGAUAAACCUUAGCGAUGGAGCCACUAUCACUGGACUCCUUUCGCUUCCGCCUAUAGAUGCCCAGGCAAGGUUUGUGCCUCUGGUGGUUUGCCUACAUGGUGGCAGCUACGAUGCUGAAUACUUCGACGCUACUCCCGAGUCCUCCAUCGCGCGCGUAUCAGAUGCGCUACACAUCCCGGUGAUUGCAAUCAAUCGGCCUGGAUACUGCGAGACGACACCUCUUGCGGCAUCUUCAAACCAAGAUGAGACGUCUUGA